AUGACCCCCCCACUUGCCAUCCCCUCAAAUUCCCCAAGAGCCGUAGCUGCUUCUAUCUCUCCUUCAUCUCCGCAGACACUCCAUGACAGGCUGCGCAAGCGAGACUCGAUCACAGCCAUUAGACAGCCCAAAGUUCUUCACCCAGUCGACAACGAAGACCUGAAGCUGUUGAUCCUAGAGAACAUCAGUCAGGAUGCAGUCCGCGCUUUUCAAGCACAUGGCUUUCAUACUAAAAUUCCCCAGUACCAUGCCAUAGGCAUACGCAGUAAGACCAAGAUUACAGAACGAGUCAUCAAAGCUGCACAAAAGCUUCUUGUGAUUGGCUGUUUUUGUAUUGGAACGAAUCAGGUUGAUCUAGUUACCGCCGGCAAGGCCGGGAUUCCCGUCUUCAACUCUCCAUUCUCAAACUCACGCUCCGUUGCCGAGCUUGUCGUCUCCGAGAUGAUCGCGCUUUCGCGGCAGCUCGUUGAGCGCUCGCAUGAAAUGCGCCAGGGAAUCUGGAACAAGCAGUCGAAAGGCUGUUGGGAGGUUCGAGGCAAAACGUUGGGCAUCAUUGGCUACGGGCACAUUGGAUCACAACUCUCGGUACUUGCAGAAGCCCUUGGCAUGCGUGUCAUCUUCUACGACGUCAUCAACAUUAUGCCUCUUGGUUCGGCUCGACAAGUUAACAAUCUUCCUACGCUAUUGGCGGAAGCUGAUUUUGUCACGCUCCACGUUCCAGAGCUCCCUGAGACAAUCAAUAUGAUUGGACCACAGGAGCUUGCGCAGAUGAAAAUAGGGUCCUACCUUAUCAAUAACGCUCGCGGGCGUGUUGUCGAUAUCCCAGCCCUGAUCGAAGCCCUCCAGUCGAACCAUCUCGCUGGUGCAGCCAUAGACGUAUACCCACAAGAGCCGGGGUCUAACGGGGCACCAUUCGAUGAUCAGGUUAACGCAUGGUCAAGCACUCUGCGCAGCUUGUCAAACGUUAUACUCACGCCUCAUAUCGGCGGAUCAACAGAAGAAGCGCAACGCAUGAUUGGGGAGGAAGUGUCUCUUGCUCUCUCUCGGUACCUGAACUACGGCUCCACCCUUGGGGCAGUUAAUUUCCCCGAAGUCGACCUCCGCGCGAUCACCGCAGAGCAGGGCAACCAUGUCCGUGUUUGCUAUGUUCACAGCAAUCAGCCCGGCGUGUUGAAGCAGGUCAACGAGGUCCUCUCGCCAUACAACGUCGAGAAGCAGUACUCAGACUCGAAGGGUGACGUCGCAUAUCUGCUGGCAGAUAUUGCAGACGUCAGCCCCCAAGACGUGAACAAGCUACGGGAGAUGAUCAAUCACACAAACGCGAACAUCCUCACUCGCUUGUUGGCUUGAUGGUGGGAAUGUAUACAUUUGUAGAUCCGAAGCUCCAUUCAUUCAUUGACAAAAACGGACGGUUCCACCCACAGUAUAGUUUAUAGGACCCACUCAACUGGUAUUCUAUCUAUCGAAUAGAAAUGUAUC